AUGUUUAUUACUACUUCGCUCUCAAACAUCGCAACUGUCAUUGACGGGCUCGCUGCUUUGACCGCAGACAAAACAAGGAUCUUCGACUGGACCAGUCAGAGUGCUCGCAAAGUCGCAAUUCAAGCUGCGAGGAGACUAAUCACAAACCUGGAGAAACCGGAAGAGACAAUACAACAUACUGCAUUCUUGCCAAUUCAAAAUAUUUGCGCUCGCAUUGCAAUUGAUUUGAAUUUGUUUCAGAUCGUCAUUGAUCAUUCUGGUGAAAGCCAGGAUGUCCCUGUUACUUCCGUGGCAAUUUCUGAAAGCUGUAAUGCAGAGUCGCUUUUUAUAGUCAGAAUUAUGAGGAUCUUAGUUGCCAAUGGCUUCUUUAAUGAAGCUGGACACCAAAGUUAUCUCCCGAAUGAGGUUACCAGGACAAUGACACAACCGAAAUACAAAGCGUGCAUUGAAUUUUUUUUUGAUCAGGCCCUGAUUACAGGGGCAAAGGUCCCCGAAUAUUUCCGGCAAAAGGGUUUCAAAAGUCCACGAGAUGCCAGGGCUGGACCUUUUCAAUAUGCAAUCAACACGGAUUUGGAGACGUUUCAUUAUUGGUCUACCCAGCCGCGUGUUUAUGAAACAUUCAACAUUCUAAUGACUGGCAGCAAAGGAAGCAAAUUGGGCUGGACGCACUGGUUCCCUAUCAAAGAAAAUCUUCUAUUGGGCUGUAAAUCAGCAGAGGGCUCUACUUUGAUGGUCGAUAUUGGUGGUGGGAUUGGAACCGAGAUUUCGGAAUUUUAUAUUAAUUUUCCAAGUUUUCCGGGUCGUUUGAUUCUGCAAGACCUUCCGCCAGUUAUUAGAAGUGUCAAAGAACUUCAAGCAAAGGUUGAAAGACAGGAAUAUAAUUUCUUCACACCUCAGCUGGUCAGAGGCGCUCGUAUUUAUUACUUCCACUUUGUUCUUCACGACUGGCCCGAUGAAAUGGCCAUCGAAAUCCUCCGCAAUACUGCCUCUGCUAUGGAACCUGGAUACUCUAAGCUCAUCAUUAACGAGCUCAUCUUGCCUGACAUACAGUGUUCACUUUUCGAUGCUGGAUUGGACAUCAAUAUGAUGAAUCUACAUUCCGGCAUCGAAAGAUCUGAAAGCCAGUGGACUUCCAUCUUGAAUGGUGCUGGACUUGAGGUGGUGAAAUUCUGGUAUAAUCCUGGAGAAGGUCCGGGUGUGAUAGAAGCAAUUUUGUCUUAG